GGAUCCCCGGGGGUCCCGGGCGACAGGAGCGCUCCCGGCGGAGCCCCCGCCCGCUCCUCGCCCCCCGCCGCGCCGCCCGCCUCCGCCAGUCCGCGGGCGCCCUCUGGUGGUGCCCCGGGAGGCAGCCGGCGCUGCAAGUCCCGCCCCCUCCGCCCGGAUUGGCUCGCGAGCUAAGUCCUCGGCCCUGGAUUGGUCGGCCCCCGGGACGACUGAGGGCCACGGCGGGCGCCGAGUGGCUGGCUCCGGGCGGAGGAGCGAGGCCGAGCUCGCUGCCCCGGCGCGUCCACGGACGCCGACGCCGACAUGGCGGCGCCCGGGCCCCACGCUGGCGGUCCCUGCUGCUCCCGGCCCACCGCGGUGCCCGGCGUGCAGCAGACGCUGGAGGAGAUGGACUUCGAGCGGGGAAUCUGGUCGGCAGCCUUGAACGGAGACCUGGGCCGGGUGAAGUAUCUCAUCCAGAAGGCCACAGACCCUAGUCAGCCUGACUCGGCCGGCUACACUGCCCUGCAGCACUACGCCAGCCGCAACGGGCACUACGCCGUGUGCCAGUUCCUGCUGGAAAGUGGAGCCAAGUGUGACGCCCAGACCCACGGCGGAGCCACCGCUCUGCAUCGGGCCAGCUACUGCGGACACGCGGAGGUCGCCCGGCUCCUGCUCUCGUACGGGUCCAACCCCAGGGUGGCGGAUGACGAUGGCAUGACCAGUCUGCACAAGCCAUUGUAUUCACACACCAUGCAGCCCAUCCAGAGUGUAGUCAGCGGCGCUCAGUGCAUCACACAGCUGUGCUCUCAUCGCCACAUGUAAGAACAUUUUCAUUGCUCCGAAAAAGAAAAACCCCACACCCCGUAUGCCCUCCUAUUAUUGACAUUUAGCAUUGUGUGGUAGCUUUAUUACUAUUGAUGGGAGAAUAUUGAAAUGUUACUGUUAACUAUGAUCCCUAGUUUGCACUAGG